CUGCAGGGGAGGGAAGGGAAGAGGGGCCCCAUUGAACAAGGUGCCAUGGAUCCGUGGUGGGAAGAAAAAAAAAGAAGAAAAAAAGCUGAGGGAGACGAUCAGGGUUCAGCACCAUGUAUCCCACCUACGUUGGUGUAUCAUUAUGUAUGUUUGUAUGUACAUAUGUAGCAGACCUGGGACUUCUUUUAGAGUCGUUACAUACAGACCUAGUACCCUAUCCGAGUGCCGCGGCCGGGUCCAUCUCCCGCUUCCCUAGUAUCCUAAUUCCCAGCGUCCGAGUACCCCUAGGCUGGGUACUUAUAUUACCUAGGUCGGUAGGUAGGCAAUGGGUGUAGUUUAAUAGGUGUAUUUCAAGUUUAACCCAGGUUACGGUAAUAGUGAGCCCGUAGCCGGUUCAUUCACGGUCCUGGGAAUACCAGGUACGUAAUUUGAAAUUUAAUUACGGGGUAUGGUUAUUAGAUUAGAAGAGACAAUAUAAUACAACACAUUUCAAUACCGGCAGUCGUCUCCCACAAUGUAGCCCUGGAGGCAGCAGAAUAAUUCUCCAGAUGUCGGUUUCCAACAUCAGCGUGGUAAUGGUGGAUGUAUUAAUGGUUGAUGAUACUCUAUACAUACAUUAGGUAUUGUACAUGCCUGGGUAGAUUUUGUGACAGGCAGAAUGUCAGGUAUUAUCGAAAUCCCAAUCUCACGGCUUGGUUUCCCA